UUUAUUUCUUCAUAGAAAAGUGCUCGGUAUAUACCUAUUUACCAGCAGUGACUAUAGUUAGUGAGUGUCGCGAAGCUUGAGUGAGAAAACAUUUGAAACAUUUGGCCGCAUAUCGUCGACGAAUGCGGUGGAUGUUAUUGUGUUUGGUUAAAAAAAAAAAUUGGAAAAUAAAAAAGGAUCUUCCAGUCUCGUCUAGUGCGGAACCAAAUUGAUUUAUAAGUUUUUUUUUUGCUUAUAUUAUAUGGCUGAUUGAAGUGAAGUGAUCAAAUAUGACUCAACUACGAAAAACCAUCAUACUCUGUCUGUGUCUCAUCUACACCAGCUCCGAAACGGAAUCAGCCGUACUGAUUGCCGACUUUUCCAUGACCCGUAUGAUCGAACUGUUCGCCAAACGACCGUACUGCAAAGUGCACACCGAUCGAGGAGACAUUCAGCGAAUGCUGCUGCAUGCUGAUCCGAAGAAAGCACGCCAAGUGUCCAGAGAGAAUUUGGUUGCAUUGGAGGAAGUUUGCUUGGAGGCGGGCGGUUUGUCGGGCGAACUGCAAGGUGGAUUAGGAUUCAUCUAUCCAGGGACGAAAUGGUGUGGACCCGGCAACAUUGCAUCCGAAUACAGUGAAUUGGGUCGUUAUGCUGAUGAGGACAGAUGCUGUCGAGAACAUGAUCUUUGUCCGCACACUCUGUCGCCUGGUGAAUGCAAAAGGGGAUUGUGCAAUUCGCAAUCAUUCACACGAUCACAUUGCGAUUGUGAUGCCAGAUUUCGACGAUGCUUGCAGGGAUUGAAUACAGAAACGGCAAACACGCUUGGCGCCGUUUUCUUCAACGUGGUGCAAAUUUCUUGCUUUAAGGAGAGACGACCGUGUUCCGUGUAUCAGAGAGCCGGCUACAAUAAAACCGUUACCGAUGAACUGUGCUCACAGUGGAAAUUUCGACCAUCAGAGAAAUAUAUUUCCAGCUUGCCGUACAAAUCUUACAAAUAAACCUUUUUGGUGAUUUUAUUUUAAAAAUUUAUGUUGCUACAUCGUACACCUGUUAGUAGAUGGCGUAGUACACUUAAUUACCUCUGAUUUCGAGGACUGGCAUAUUAUGGUAGAAUUUCUUCGGAAGGAGAGGAAACAAAAGGGACGAGAAAAACGAAAAAUGUUGAAGAAAUGAAGGAAAAUUUAUUUUAUUUCCGUUUAAAUGCACUUGUAGCGGUAAAAAUGUAUUAUUAGAAA